AUGGAUGUUCUUCGCAGCUUUCCUCUCCAGCUACUUGGGCUGCGGGAUUUCCUGAUAUUGGGCUCUCUGGGUGCCUAUCGUCUAUGGCUACAUCCGCUGCGAUCAUACCCUGGACCUCGAUGGUGGGCUCUUUGGCGUGUACCAUAUCUUCAAAGCACCAUCCGUGGCACGAUUGUGCGAGAUCUUCAACGACUGCAUGAGCAAUAUGGCCCUGUCGUGCGCAUUGCCCCGGACGAGCUGUCCUUUAUCAAUCCAGAGGCGGCCAAACCCAUCUACACGUCGAAUCCUGAGUUCUCCAAAGAUCCCAUGCACCUCCCACCCUUCCACAAUGGAGUUCCUGGCAUCCUCGCGGCCGACCAUGCCCACCACCGGCGGUAUCGACGGCUUCUCGCAUUCUCAUUUUCUGAUAAAGGGCUGAAAGCACAGCAGGGCAUGAUCCAGCAGUACAUUGAUCAAUUGAUUGUCCGCCUUCACGAGAAUUGCUCCACGGGCCCUGUUGACAUGACACUUUGGUAUAAUUGGGCAACCUUUGACAUAAUCGGUGACCUGGCCUUUGGAGAAUCAUUUGGAUGCCUUGAAAAGGUCGAGACGCAUCCAUGGAUUGCGUCAAUCCAAGGCAAUGUCAAGGCCAUUCCGAUUCUGAAUGCUCUUCGUCGCUACCGACUGAGCGGGGUCCUCGGACUAUUGGCGCCUCGAAACCUCCUUGAGAUGAGACGACGCAACGCUCAGUUUACGGCGGACAAGGUCGAUCGCCGUCUUCAGCAUCCAGGCACUGCCCGGGGCGAUCUUUGGGACUCAGUGCUAGCGGACAACCCCAACGGGGAAUCGCCUAUGUCGCGGGAUGAGAUGGUUAGCAAUGCCAGUGCCAUUGUCUUAGCUGGCAGUGAGACAUCAGCAACCCUACUUAGCGGGUGCACUUGGUUGUUGCUAAAGAACCCGGAGUAUCUGAACACUCUCACCGAAAGGGUGCGCUCGCAGUUCGCCCGGGCAGCAGAUAUUGAUGCACAAACCGUUACACAGGUGGAAGGUCUACAAGCAGUGCUGGAGGAAUCCCUGCGUCUGUAUCCACCGGUCCCCAUGCAAAGUAAUCGUAUUGUUCCGCCGCAAGGUGCUCAGAUUGCCGGAAUGUGGGUUCCUGGGGGGGUUUCCUUACAACAGACGUCAGUCGCGGUGCAGCAAUUUGUAGCAUGCCGUUCUGCGGACAACUUUCAUCGUCCUAAUGAAUUCCUGCCGCAAAGAUGGCAGGGACAAGGUGAAUUCGCCAAUGACCGUCGAGAGGCCUCGCAACCCUUCAGUAUCGGCCCUCGAAACUGCAUUGGACGCCAGCUGGCCUACGCGGAGAUGCGGCUGAUUCUGGUGCAUGUUCUGUGGCAUUUCAAUCUUCGACUGGAUCAGGGCCGUAUGAAGGAUGCGGACUGGUUGGCGGAGCAAGGGAUCUGGAUUCUGUGGGAUAAGAAUCCACUGUGGAAAAAGCUAGAGGAGGACGAUGCAACAUGA